AUGGUGGACGAAAAGGAGGUUGAGGGGGAAACCCUUACUGCUGGUGAUGAUGGUGAGAAGGGGGACACCCCUAUAUCUGGUAAUGAGGUCGAGGGGGAAACCCCUGUUGUCUCUGGAGUUGGUGUGGGGGAAACCCCAGUUGAAUCUGAUGAGGGGGAAACCCUUGUUCAUGGUGGUCUGGAUGGGGAAACCCCGAUUGUGUUUACUGAGGGGGAAACCCCUAUUGUUAAAAAUUCUGAGGGGGAAACCCCGAUUGUGUUUGCUGAGGGGGAAACCCCUGUUGUUAAAAAUUCUGAGGGGGAGACCCCGAGUGAAGUUGCUGAGGGGGAAACCCCUAUGAAUAUUGAAGUACAGGAGCCCGAUGGAGGUGGGCUUACAGAGAUCGUGGAUCUGGUCAAUGUACCAGAAGAUGAGGACACACCCAUUAAAAAUAGGGAGGCCAGACGGAUGGCCAGGAGAAGCUUGGUGGAUGAGGCGGACGAGCCUACCCACCCGAGGAGAUUGGAGUUCCGUGCCCCAGGGGUAGUAGUCGAGAUGGAGGAUGAAACUCCCGGGUCUGGGAAUGAGCUGAAGGACGCAGAAGAAAGACGCUUGGCCGCUGAGCGUAAGCGUAAGGGUAAGCAUGCUGCUACCAUCCCGCCUAAGAGGUCGAGGAAAGCUCCCUCUGUCGAGCGAGUUAAGGAACCACUUACCGCAGCCACUAAGGUCCCCUACGCUAAGGAGUUUAAAGGACCCAGCCCAGACAGUGAGCCAAAAGAAGAAGAAGAUGAGGAGCAAGAAGAGGAGCUCAACUACAAGAGGGCCGAGGUUUGGAUAACCAAGAAGCUGCUAAAGGAGAUGGGCGAGUUUGACAACCCACGGAGGGCACAAACGUACAAGGAACGAAGCGCCCCUGGGAAGCUGGCCAAGUCUGGGAAACAAUAUGACCCAAAGGCGCUGAGGGAGAUUGAGUCGGACAAGGAAUUCCUCAAGUACAUCAGUGCUAUAGGGUUCGAAUGGCUAAUGAACCAUAGCACGGCUGAGGUGCCCACAACUUUAGCCCGGGAGUUCUUUUCCACUUUCCGACUCAAGUCCACAACUGACUUAGACGCCGACUCCAUCACGUUCCGGUUAUUCAACGAGGAGUAUGAGAUGAGCAUAAGAUAG